AUGUCGCCCUGUAACUCCACCCAACUCCAUCGGAGCUCACCACCCUUUGCGCGACCAAUCGCCGCCGAAUCAAGGAGGAAGGAGAAUCUGUUUCGUUGCUCGUCGCCACUAUUGAGGAAGAAGGUCGCUCCAAGUUCGUCGUCGUCCCUCCUCCAAGCUGCGUCAUCGCCGUCGAGGAAGAAGGUCGCCGCAUUUCAUCAUCGUCCCUCAAAGCUCGUCGUCCUCAUCGGACCUCCCAGCUUUGUAGUUACUCGGGGUUUCCACCCGUCCGGCUGUCGCUGGAACAUGCAGGGUUUUGCUGCCUGGGGAGAAGGGGGUUGA